CUCAUAAUUUAUUGUUGCCCUUUUUUUCCCCAUUGAUACCAGCUAUAUAGGUUCCUUGGCAACUAUUCUUCACUAAAGGCAGACUUAUUAUUCAACCUCACUAAUGGUGGUCAAUUCCCUUGGUACAUUGUAAAAGUGUGACAACUCGUACUUAGAUGGGUGAUUCCAAACAUUAGAUCGACCCAAAGAAAAGAACAAGUUCAUUAUAACUAAGUGUGCUUCCAUCUGAGUUACUCAUCAAACGUCCAAAGUUGCUUCAUUUUAUACUUCGGCAUCAAGUGUUGGUUAACGCUGUGUGCUGUAACAGAACAUCAUCAUAUUAUAUGGAAGUUCCCGGUUCAAUGCCAGCUGCAAUCGACAUGAAUGAUUCAUUAGACAUCGAUGAAUCGUUGAUCCCGGUUAGGGAUUUUAAGCCCGCCAGUCAGAGCACCAUCUCCUUUGAUGGGAUGUUAUCGAACCCUCUACUUCUCCAGGAAGAUCUAAAGGAAGGGUGUGGAGGCCAGCUAUGGCCAGCGGGGAUGGUCCUGUCGAAGUACUUGCUACGCCAACAUCAAUCUAGCUUUCUCGGUAAAACAAUAGUUGAACUUGGAGCCGGCGGCGGUCUUGUUGGCCUUGCGCUUGCACGCAGAUGUCACCCUGAGGUGCCACGAAUUUACAUUACGGAUCAAGCUCCCAUGUUGCCCCUGAUGAAGACGAAUAUCAAGCUCAACAAUCUUUCUUCUACAGUCGAAGCUACAGUACUAAACUGGGGAGACUCCCUCCCAGACAGCAUCCCAAAGCAUCCCGCAAUUAUCCUCGCCGCUGACUGUGUUUACUUUGAGCCCGCCUUCCCGCUACUAAUCUCGACCUUGAAUGAUCUUCUUGGUCCAGACUCUAUCUGUUACUUCUGCUUUAAGAGGCGUAGAAGAGCAGACCUCCGUUUCAUGAAACAUGCAAGGAAGAUGUUUGAUGUGGAAGAAAUCCGGGAUGACCCUGAUGCGGAGACAUACCGGCGCGAGAACAUUUUCCUCUACCAGAUACGGUUGAAGUCGGACAAGAGGGCUGUCUAGGAAGGUCUAGCUACAAAUUAAAACUAAAACUACUAGGGAACGUUUUGUGUGAAUAUAUCGAAAUACGCUUAUCUUUGGUA